AUGGCAGGCCAGAAAGAAUCCCUCAACCAACUCCUCCAAUGGAGCACCGAGAACUCCGUCAACGCACCAGCCGACCAGCGACGCGACCCGUCCAAAGGCAUCACCCAAGAAAUGAUCAACGAGCUCAUGGGCGGUCCCUCCGACGCAGACCGCAUGCGCGACGCCAUGACCGCAAUCGUCGCACCCACAGACCAGAUCGACCUCGACAACAAGCUAAUAGCAUGGGACAACUUCGAACAACUCAUCGAGAACAUCGACAACGCAAACAAUAUGGAGCCCAUGGGUCUCUGGCCACCUGUCAUCCAACAGCUCGACAACGAAGAGCCAGAGAUGCGGAGACAUGCCGCGGCGUGUUGCAGCACCGCGGUGCAGAACAACAUCAAGAGUCAGGAGAAGUUGCUGUCGAUGGGCGCUGUGCCGAAGCUUGCGAAGUUGGCAGUGGAGGAUGAAAACUUGGCGGUGAGGAAGAAGGCGAUCAGUGCGUUGAGUAGUACUGUGAGGAAUUUCCAGCCGGGAAUGGAUGAGUUGGAAAAGAGCUUGCCGGAUAGUGUGUGGACGAGGAAGCAGGGGAUCGAUGCGGCGGAUAUGGAGGCUUGUGAUGAGCUGAUACAGAAGUUGAGGGGUAACUCGGCGGCGAGAGGAUAG